ACAAGCUGGGAAGGAAGAAGGUAACGUCCGAUAGGAAGACAGGAAAGGAGAGGUGUCGAAAACGCUGAAAAUAACGUCAUAUCAUCCAGAUUAAUUCACACUCUGAAAAAUAGCUCGAGUUAUAUCGUAGAUUAAAAACUUGACAGACUAGAAUAGUAAUGGAGUUAAAUUCAAGCGGUCACUCUCCGAGAGAGGAGGGGGAGCUCGAAGACGGGGAGAUCUGCGACGAUGACACCGAUGAAAAGCUGUUGUUACCGUGGGAUAAGAGGCCUGCAAGCGGCGGCGCGACGGAUCCGGCCAGGUGUAUGCGCAAAUCUAAACCACCGGCGCGGACAUUACCCCCUGUCCUCGGAGCCCCGCCGGGGUCUGAUUUCCGAGUAAAAAUGCCGUUUAAUCGCGGACCUCACCCGCAUCCGCCCUUCCCCCCCGGCCACAGACAGCAAGGCGGACCGAGCGGACCUGACCGACCGCCGCCGGGCCAGCACUGUGACGCCGGCCCUCGGUCCUCCUUUUGGGAACGCAGCCACACGGCUCUGGGUAGACUAAGGUACCGAGGGAAGCCACACGACGGGCGCGGGGACUGGGGGAGGUCGGGCUGGGGAGACGGUGGGGGAGGGAGAGAAACUGGAAGGCCUCCUCCGGGCCGUUUUGCGUUCGGGGAAAAUCAUGGCAACCGAAAGGAGUCCCCUUCCAGAAAACAGAAGUUAUUCGGGAGGGGACAGGUAAGAAAACCAACAUACAACGCUGCCAAAACCGAAAAUGGUGUUGACGAGAGCUUCGAGGAUCUGCUGAUGAAGUACAAGCAGAUUCAGCUGGAGCUGGAAUGUAUUCGGAAGGAGGAGAGGAUGGCGCUGGAGCCCAAAGGACAUUCUCCUCAGACAGAGAUGGAGGGAGCCGACAGUGUUAAUAAGACUGAGCCAGUAUCCGAAACGAACAGUAUUCCAGCUGAAGCUGCUGCUGAUGAGGCCUUGUGCCCAGAGAAGGUGGAGAAGAAGGUCUUCCAGGCCUUCAAUCUGAAACCCCUGAGACAGAAGCUCCUUACCCCUGCUGAGAGAGAUGCAUUAAACCUAAAAAACAGUCAGCAGGCAGGAAAAAACGAGGAGGAGCAGGUGGCUCCUUCCGAAACUGCUCCCUCUCCACAAGACAAAGUGGAGGAGGAGGAGGAGGAGACGGAUGCUGACAUACCCAAUAUAUCUUGUGCAGGCGGCAAAGAGUCUGACGAAACUCAGAUGAAGAGAGGAACGCAGCCGUGCAUUGCAGCAUACAGGAAGAGUGACGAUCCCUCUCUGCUCCAGGGGAAGGACGAGGAUGAUGAGCUCUCUGAGCUGCAGCUCCGCCUCCUGGCCCUGCAGUCAGCCAGUAAGAAGUGGCAGCAGAAGGAGCAGCAGGUGAUGAAGGAGAGCAAGGAGAAGAUCACCAAGGCCAAGGCUGUCCCAGAGAAGGGCGGGGCGGGGGCCAAGCCUGUGUCAGAGAAAGGUGGUGCGGGGGUCAAGACCACCCAAGAGAAGGGGCGACCAGGGGCCAGGCCCUCCCAGGAGAAGGGGAAGGUGACAUCCAAACCCCACCCAGGAAAGAAGAACACAAGUCCAGGUUCAAUGGCCAAGCAGGCGUGGCGGAAACAGCAGCUGCGGACGUGGAAGCUGCAGCACCAGAAGGCACAGGAGGAAGAGGAGGAGAGGAGGAAGAGGGAGGAGGAGAUCCGCAAGAUCCGGGACCUGUCCAAUCAGGACGAGCAGUACAACCGCUUCAUGAGGCUGGUGGGGGGCAAGAGGCGGUCGCGCAGCAAGUCCCUGGACACAGAGCACAGGAAGUCCCUGGGCAAGCCAGGCCUGGACACCUCCGGCAACCUCUACCAGUAUGACAACUACGACGAGGUGGCCAUGGACACGGACAGCGAGACGGGCUCGCCAGCCUCAUCCCCGGCACACGACGCCCUCUCAGCUGAGGCUCCUCCCUACUUCCUCCAGAUGGCCUUCCCUGUGGACUCCCCUCCUCACAGCGUGGACAUGGGGCAGCGCUACCUGGACCCCCUCUCCCUCGUCCCGUCAGGGGCCCCUCCUCCGCCCCUGCCCCCGCUCCCCCCGGGUGAGCCCGAGCAGCCUCCGAAACCGCCGUUCGCUGAUGAGGAAGAGGAGGAGGAGAUGCUGCUUCGCGAGGAGCUGCUGAAGUCCCUGGCCAGCAAGCGCGCCAUCAGGCCUGAGGAUACCUCCAGCAACAGUGGUCCUCCCUCUCCACCUUCCAACCUCACUGUCCCAUCAGCACCCAGGGGUAACCUCACCGCCAUCUCCCAGGCUCGACCCCCCACCACAAAGUUCACCAGAGGACACCCGCCCCCUCGCCCCCCGCUGGUGCUCCCCAGGCAUAAGUCCGUGGUGGUGCGGCUGAACGGCUCUGACGACAGCGACUCGGACGCCGAGACUCCCGGCUCCGCCCGCAUUGUCUUCGGCGGGCUGGAGUCCAUGAUCAAGGAGGCCAGGAGGACCGCAGAGGCUGCCAAACCCAGAGGGAUCUCUGGCUCUGAAAAGGAGAACAACCCCAUCAGAACCCCAGAGACUCUGUCAGAGGCCAAGAAGAAGGAGUACUGGCUGCUGAAAGAGGAGAUCGCCAGCAGGGAGAAGCAGCGGGUACUGAAGUCAGACCCCUCUAGGAGGGUCCCGUCUCCCGCGAACUCGGACGCUGAGGUGGACACCGCGGGGAGGGUGGCGGCGGCGGAAAUCCUGGUCACCGAGGCGGAGAAGAAACUGACCAAGCACAGGGACCUGCUGCUGAAAGAUGAAUUGCUGCUUAAACACCUCCUCCAGCAGGAGCUGAAGAAGAGGGAGUCGCUCAAAGCGGCCGAGGCCAAGGUUGCCAAGCUCAAAGAACAGUUGCUGGCAUCGGAGAAGAUCGCGGGUGCCAACAGGCUCCUUUUAAAGAAGCUGGAGGAACAGGUCCACCGGGUGCAGCACCGCGUGUCGGUGAAGAAGCACCAGACGCUGAAGCUGGAGAAGGACCUGGCGCAGGCGCGGGCGGCGGCCGGGAUGGGUGGGGUCAAGCGCAGGAACGACUCCGCCCUGCCUUCUCCGCGUAAGCUGCAGCGGGUAGACGGCUCUCUCCGCACCUCUGAGCAGCAGUUUGCUGAGCUGAUUGCACAGAAGCAGCGGCUGCAGCAGCUGGAGUCUGAGUACGCCCUGAAGAUCCAGAGACUGAAGGAGGCCCAGGCGCUGCGCAACCGGGGGGCAGCGCCCCCCCCCUCCCCCGCCCCCGCCCCUUUCCCCCUGCCCCAGCCCUCUCUGCACGACCUCACCCAGGACAAGCUGACGCUGGCCAGCGAGGACAACGAGGCGGAGGACGAGGAGCUGUCGCCCACAUCUGCCGCCGCCAGGGGGCGCCGGCGCUCCUUCCGCGAGUCGGGCUCCUUCACCAAGCCCAAGCUGCGCCACCCCGAGGCCACGCCCGGCAAACCCACCAAAGCCGCCGCGCAGCCGCCCGAGCUGCUGCUGGGGCUCAAUCUGGAAGAGCUGCAGCAGAGGUACCAGGAGACCGAGGGCCUGGGUGCUGUGAUGGAGGGAGUCCUCCCGGCCACAGGAGGUGCUGCGGGCACAUCACUGCCAGGGAAGGAGAUACCGGUGGACCUGGACUUGGUUGUGGCUCAGUCGAGUCGAGGGGAACUGAAACCGGCUCCGUUCGGACCCUACCACAGCCCUCUGCUGGUCUUCAAAUCUUACAGAUUUAGCCCAUAUUUCCGGACCAAGGAGAAAUUAUCCCUCAGUUCCGUCUCCUACAGCAACAUCAUCGAGCCGGAAAAGUGUUUCUGCCGCUUCGACCUGACGGGCACGUGCAAUGACGAUGACUGUCCCUGGCAGCACAUGAGAAACUGCACUUUCACUGGACCCCAGCUUUUCCAGGACAUCCUGUCCUACAAUCUGUCUCUCAUUGGCUGCUCGGAAAGCAGCACCGAUGAAGAAAUCGGCAUUGCCACUGAAAAGUACAUCAGCAAGCUGUUCGGCACCAACAAGGACCGCAUGGGCACGGACCAGAAGGCCGUGCUCCUCGUCAGCAAAGUGAACGAGAGCAAAAGCCACAUUCCUCCCUACACUACCUGCAAGGAGGGCAGGAAGUGGAGGCCCCGGCCGCAGCGGAACCCGGAGCCGGAGCCCGCGAGGGAGAGCAGCGACGAGGACGCCGCCGACACCCCGGGGCCGGUCAAGUACGACGGCUGCUCUGAUGCUCGCUGGACGGCAAGCUCUGCCCUCGACGUGUGCGUUACCCAGGACGACGAGCGCUACUUCACCAAGGAGACGGACGACAUAUCAAACCUGGAGACGAGUGUGCUGGAGAGCCCAAGGGAUGUGCAGCUGUGGAUCAAACUGGCCUACAAGUACCUCAGCCAGAAGGAGAGCUCAGCGUCCGAGUGCCUGGACGCCGCCCUGAACACCCUGGCCCGGGCGCUGGAGGACAACCGGGACAACCCCGAGGUGUGGUGCCACUACCUGACGCUCUUCUCCCGGCGGGGCAAGAGGGACGAGGUGCAGGAGAUGUGCGAGAUGGCUCUGGAGCACGCCCCCGACUACCAGGUGUGGUGGAAGUACCUGACCAUCGAGAGCUCCUUUGAUGGGAAGGACUAUGUCUGCGGGCGCGUGCUGCAGUACCUGGCUGGAACUGCAGGGGGCGGCUGUUCAGAGCUCCAGUCCUUCCAGAUGCUGGAGUCUCUGCUGUACAGGGUGCAGCUCAGCCUGUUCACCGGCAGACAUCAGAAUGCCCUGGCCAUCCUACAGAGUGCCUUGAAGUCAGCGAGUGCAGAGAAGAGCAUCGUAGACCACAUGACCGCCAGGGACCGCUCCCUGGCCUGGCUGAGCUACAUCCACCUCACAGAGUUCGACAGCCUGCCCGCCAGCCUGUUCGACCUGGCCGACUCCAACCCCGCGCGGAUCGUCUGCACCGACUCCUUCCUCCUGCCCUGGCGGUCGGUGCGGGACGUCCGCACCGAGCCGGACAUGCUCGUCACUCUGUUCGAAGAUGCUGUUCGUCGGAGCACAGACGAGACCUUACCUCCGAGAGAGAGGACGCUGGCCUGCCUGCCUCUGCACACCAACAUGAUCAUGCUGCUCCAGCUCCUGGGAAGACUGGAGCCGGCUGUCGAGCUCUGCGAGACGCUCCUGACCUCGUGUCCGGAGUGCUGCCCCCUGCUGGAAGCUCUGGCAGAACUCCACCUGAAGGCGGGGGCAGACAAGGCCCUGAACGUGUGGCUCGGGGCGCUGCUUAACAGCCCGCACAACGCAGAGAUCUUCUACCACGCCUGCAAGUUCCUCAUCGCUCAGGACCAAUCGCACACCGUAGCCCCUCUGUUUAAGGAAUUUGUUAUGUCUAUCUGUGAGCCCGCGCCAAACGAACAGCAUCCUGUAUAUGUGCUGCGGUGUAUCCUGGGAAUUCCAACGGAGAAUACCUUCACAGCUCCUCGGAUCAAAGAGGAGUUGCGGGAGCAGCUUGGGGAGCAGAUGCCUUACAUGUGUCUGAUCCACUGCCUGUGGCAGUCCCUGCACGGCACGGCCGCUGAGGCGGUGGACGCCUUCGAGAGCGCGCUGGGUGCCAUCAUGCAGAGGGAUGUGGUGCAGAAGCUGUGGCUGGAUUAUCUCCUCUUUACCAGCAGUAAGCUCGCCGGGUCCCAGUGUAAGAGCAGAGACCUGAAAGCGUUCACAGAUCUGGUGCAGCGCUGCCUGGUAACAGCUCCCACCAGACUCGCUGUGCCUUUCAGCUCGGCCCAGUACUGGAGCUGCUACCAGUUCCACAACAAGGUCAUUUCCUUCUAUCUGGGCUGCCUCCCACGGUCGCAGCACUCCCCUGUCCUGGAAAGACUCAGAUACGUCAUGCCCAGCAAUACUGAGCUGGCACUAAGGUUGCUGCAUCAGGAAUGGCAGGAUGGCAAUAUUCAGCAUCUGAAAUUGCAAACCAGAAUGCUGAGCAGCAGCAUUCCAAACUGUCUCGCAAACUGGAAAAUUGCGAUUGCCGUUGAGAAGGAACUAAAAGGACGAUCAGAGGUCCGCCAGCUUUACCAACAGGCACUUCAAAAGCUCCCUCUGUGUGCCACGCUAUGGAAAGAUCGACUGCUGUUUGAAGCUGCAGACGGAGGUAAAACUGACAAACUGAAAAAGCUUGUUGCCAGGUGCCAAGAGGUCGGAGUGAGUCUAGACGAACCAUUAAAUUUAGGCCCGGGCAGAACAGAGGGAAAGGACUCCUGAGCCACAGCUUCAGUUAAGUCCGUCCCCAAAAACCUUCAGGCCAAAACUAAACAUGAGAUUUAAAUUCACUCAAAAUAUCCUGAAAUUAUUAUCAGCCGAAUUAAGCUCGUGUGAGGCAAACUUGGCAAGUUGUCAGACCUCCCAAACGCAGUGUUCUCUCCAGAUGAGAGCACACUCAAAAUCGGAGGGCCGUCGAGCGAAGACAAAUGGACUCCUGAUUGUCCAAUAUCUGGCCUGCUUUUAUCUCCUUGCAUCAUGUACGUAAGUAUGGUCCUGCUAACUGACGGGUGUCUUACUGCUUUUUUAAUUUACUCGUUCCUUUUUUGUACUGUCGUUAUUUUUAAUUUUGCAUCAAUUUUCUUUUACUUGAGGUUUCAAGUCGAAUGCCUGUGACAUCUUUCUGUGAUGUUAACGUUUGCGUGUUUUAGGAAGGUCUUGCCUAGUGAUUUUUUUUUUUGCCUUCUUUUGUGAGGGGAAGAGAAUACAGAUUCCUUAUUUCAGAUUUUUAGAUAUAUCAGCAAGUAAGAGAUGGAUUACCAGAGGAGAAGUAUUUUAUUUGGCCCCUUGGUGGCCAAUGCCCUUUUGUGACUCUCCGAAAGAGACUGCUAAAUGUUGGAAACAUCCACUGCCACCUGCAGAGUGGGAUGUCUCGCAACACUCCCACAAUGCAUCAGAACUCAAGGAUGGGUGCAAGAAGUCUAAUGUUUAUGUGCAAUUUUGUUUUUGUCAAAAUAUAUCAAUUAAAAAGUGGAUCUAAGAGGAUCUAUGA